AGUAAAAUACAGCAAAUACAGCAAACCGAGUAAGCUGGAGCAAGCUGAGAUAAAAUGAUGCUGGCAGGUCUAUAUAAACGACCGUCUGAGGAACUUGGAGACAGACAGACUGAGGAAUAAAAUGCGGUCUGUGCACAGGACGAGGCCAAAUAUCGCGCACUCUGGCAGUCAGGCAGAAAUCGGACUGCAAGUGGGCUGUUUCAAGGCUUCAUUGGCCCAGCAUGUGAAGAGCAGCACGAUGCGGGUCAGGUCGGAAGUACCUGGCCUGAACCUUGAUUUCCUUAUAUUCCGUCCCUUGCUUCUUAUCUAAUUCUCUUUCUGCUGUAUCGUUUCCUAUCCGAAUUGACUGUUCUCAAUUGAUUGUUUAAAAUGGCGCCAAGCAUCGCGUACCCCGCACCUUCAGCUUCACUUUCACCUUCACCAUUACACACACUCUCGAAAAAACCUCAAAUCAACAUUGACAUCGUCGAACUUACUGAAAAUACGGAUUCGGUUUCAGACUCCACCGCUGUCCAACCCGUUGACCCUCUGGACUCAGAGCGAGCCCGCCUCCGCGCCCACCUGGGCCUCGACUCCCCCGCCCCCCAGAUCCAGCCCCUCUUCUUCAUAGAACAAGCUCCUAACACAACCUCCAACCUUCCAGUACAAUGUAGCCUCCCAGGUUGCACUGCGGGCAUAGAGCCCAACUCUCUCCGUCUAGCACUGAACCCAGGCAUGAGCGGGGAUAUCUGGUUCCGCUCUUCUUCUGACUACUACCACAUCCCCUGCUUCGAACGCCUCGCGGAUUUCACCCAGUCGUGCUAUCUCGAUCGCAUUGUCCCGCUUACCAGAAAUACAUUCAAGCUGCGCGGUUUAAAAAUCUCGUCUGUCUCCGACGGAUCAUACCUCCUAACUGGUGGCGCAGAGCGUCUCAUCCUGGAGUGGAAGAUAACGCGGGGCAUGGAAAUCGAUAAACGGGACGGGGUGUACGAUGAGGCGUUUUAUCGACUGGACCCCGAUGUAAAUGAUCUGCUGUAUAAAGCUGGUAGUAGCGGGUUUUGGCCGACUGGAAGACCAGGGGGCUUAGAUGUCUUUGAGUACUAUACUCUGGCGCGCACGGUUGCUGUUAAUGAGUGUAGCAGGGAAGAGGAGUGGAACUUGUUUGAGCAGUUCCUGGGACAGAAUAAGCGAGAAGGCGUCUGGGGCAGGCAUGAUCUGAGUGCCAUGUUGGGGAAGUGGCAAGAGGCUGUGAAUCUUGCGCUGCAGGAGAGUAAACACGGCCAGGACAUGGACGGACUCAGUGCGACUGCUGUCAAGGCGAUCCGGCGGCUUUCGACGGUUCCAACACCACAAAUUGGGCUUAACUGCAUAUAGUUACUCGUAGGAUUACUACGUAAGCGUGCUAGGUUGGCGUUGGUAUUUCGGGAAAAGCGAUAGAAUAAUAGAAUGAUAUACUUGGAUUAUGGGAUAACCAAUAUGAAGCUUUGACUGUUGAUCCUCGGCAGCAUCCGUGAUUGUCCCCAGAUUUCGAUUGAGU